AUGUAUGGACUUCGUAAGGUUCACAAGGAGGGCUGCAAGCUGAGACCAGUGGUGAGCUGCAGAGGGCCCCCCCGUUAUAAGAUCGCAAAGUACUUGCACCGACUGCUAUCCAAGGUGCAAGAGAAGUCGCAGUUCAGUAUAAAGAACUCGAAAGAAUUUGUGGAUUUUGUGGAGGGGAAUAGGCUUCUUGAGGGUUAUGAAUUGGUAUCGUUGGAUGUCGUUUCUCUGUUUACGAACAUCCCAAAAGAGCUGGUGCUCACUAUCAUCGAGAAGAAUUGGGAGAUUUGGUCAUCGUUGAUCCCUGCCCCAAAGGAUGUUGUCGUUCAGUUGGUUCAGUUCUGUUUUGAGGUGAGUUAUUUCGUGUUUGAUUCAGAAAUUCACAAUCAAAUUGAUGGCAGCAUCAUGGGGAAUCCUGCCAGCCCGAUUUUAGCCAGUCUGGUGAUGGAUCAUGUGCUAUCGAAGGUGCUGGAGAAAAUACCGGUUCGGAUAUCUUGGGUCAAGUUGUAUGUUGACGAUACACUCCUUGCGGUACCUACGGAGGCAGUGGAGGCGAUCAGGGAGGCAUUCAAUUCCAUCCAUCCUCGUAUUCAAUUUACAGUCGAAAGAGAGACGGAAGGCGCAAUUUGUUUCCUUGAUGUGAAGGUUAUUCGGGAGGAGAAUGGCCUACUGAGAACGAAUUGGUACCAGAAGCCAACUAGUGCCGGUAGAGUCGUGAAUUACAGAUCUAACCAUCCAACAUCUCAGAAGAUUGGAGUUGUCUUCGGAUUACUUCAUCGGGCGAUUGGUUUGAGCCACGGGAGCUUCCAUGAGGAGAAUGUGAGUCGAGUGAGGAGAGUGCUGGUGAACAACAACUAUCCGGCGAAAUUCAUCUCCAAGUGUGUGAGGAAUUUCCGUGAGCGUAGAGAUCUCCAGACAGCUGGAGCUGUAAGGGAGCAUAGGCGCGUUUUCCGCCUACCACUGAUCACCGGACUAUCGCAGCGAUUGAAUCGGGGUAUGAGACACACGGACUCACGGUUCGUGAUGUACAACCUGAGGAAGGUCGGAGAUUUAUACUCGAGACUGAAGGAUGAGACACCAAUCUUCGAUAGGUUUGGUGUGGUUUAUAAGAUCCCAUGCGAGUGUGAGAAAUGUUACCUGGGUCAGACUAAACAACUGCUGAGGGAGAGGGUUUCGCAGCACCGAAGGGACUGCGAACCUAGGAAAUUUAACAAGGAGGAGAAGAACGUGUUGGCAUUUCACCAUUUCACUACUGAGCAAUGCUUCAAAUUCGAGGAAACAUCAAUCCUGGAUGUGGCACCGAAUUGGAGGAAACGGAACAUUAGUGAGAUGGUUCACAUUAGCUUGAACAAGACAGUGAAUAAACGUGAAGAUACGCAGCAUCUGAGCGGAAUGUAA